AUGUUACAGUCAGACGCCGACAACUACUUCCAGACCUCGGAUUCGGUCGCCGAACAGAAGCGCAGACAGGCCAAAGCCGACAACAAGAAUGGAAACCCAGUCGCCUUGACCUCGAAGAUCCUGGCCAUUCACGCCGAUGAUCAAGAUCCGGAUGCUGUCUACAUUGCCGAAGCCGCAGGCACAGCAAGACGUGUCGUCCUGGAGACUGGCGACAAAUCCACCGUCUACACGGGCGCCGCUGCUCCUUUGACAUCCAUCACCACCCUCAGAUCACCAUCCGCCGAGCCCAUCCUGUUCGCAGCAUGCUGGGACAAGACAAUCCAUUCCUGGAACCUCAAAACCCGCAAGCCCAUCCGUCGCUACACCGGCCACUCGGACUUUGUAAAAUGCGUCCUCGCAACUGAGAUCUCCGGUACUCCUGUACUGCUAUCAGGCUCAGCAGACUCCAGCAUCAUAGUGUGGAACGUUGAGACAGGAAGAAAGAUUCACACACUCAAGGGCCAUGCACGCGCUGUCCUCGACCUUGCACUCGAUCCCGCCAAAACCACCAAAGACGAGCUGUUCCUCUUCAGUGCCGACACCGUGCGUGAUAUUCUUCGCUGGAAGAUCACUCUUGACAGUGCUGGUCAGAUGUUGGCCGUCCCUCUACGAGUCCACGAGACUUCUGUCAAUCGUUUGCGCUUCGAGGACUCGCUGGUCGUGGACGCUGACGAUGCCGAUGCCGAUGCGGAUCUCUGGACUGCAUCAUCGGACAAGACUGCACAAAGACUGGUUCGCUCGCGCGACUGGGCUUCGGAUACCACACUCAGCCAUCCUGACUUUGUGCGAGAUAUCGUCAUUGACCAGCAAGCUGGAUGGGUCAUCACUGCAUGUCGCGAUGAAGAGGUGCGAGUAUGGGGUUCUUCUUCUGGCAAGCUGGCUUGUGUCUUCAGCGGCCACUUCAACGAAGUCACUGGUCUUGCUCUGAUGCCUCCUGCUCAAGGAAGCAGAGCUAGCCGUGUCGUCAGUGUGAGUAUCGAUGGUACUCUCAGAGUCUGGACACUCGACCCGGCAGAGAUGAAGAAGGUCCAGGAAGAGUACGAGCGUCUACAACAGGGCAUCGAAGUCGAGGCAGAGCCCGAGGUCAAGAAAGAAAGCAUGCUCACAGCAGAGGAGGAAGCCGAGCUAGCCGAACUGAUGGACUCUGAUGACGAGUAG